ACCUCCCGGUGCAUAUAACAACGUAAAAGCCCUCUAUCCUCAAUGAUUCCCCAUCGUCGUCACCAUUCGACCCCCUCGUCUCCUUCCUCCUCCUCCUCCUCGUCCUCCUCCCAAACCCUCGGUACUCCGAAGCUCGUCCAUGGCCUCCUCUGCCUCUAACGAAGCCGAGGAGAAGCUCCUCCCCUCCGCCUCCUCCUCCCCGGUAGACGACGAAGACGGCCUCGAGGAGGAGGAGGGGGUGGAGGAGGAGCGCGCCUACGACUCCGACGAGAAGAUCGUGAUCGCGGUCUCCUCCGACGACGACGAAGAGGGGGAUCCCCGCUCCGGUGAUGUGGGGGCGGGGGGGGCCCCGCCGUUCUCGUGGCGGAAGCUGUGGCGGUUCACGGGGCCGGGGUUCCUCAUGUCGAUCGCGUUCCUCGACCCGGGGAACCUCGAGGGCGAUCUCCAAGCGGGGGCGAUCGCGGGGUACUCGCUCCUGUGGCUUCUCCUGUGGGCGACCACGAUGGGGCUCCUGAUCCAGCUCCUCUCGGCGCGGCUCGGGGUGGCCACGGGGCGCCACCUCGCGGAGCUCUGCCGCGACGAGUACCCGCGGUGGGCGCGCGUCGCGCUCUGGGUCAUGGCCGAGAUGGCCCUCAUCGGCGCCGACAUACAGGAGGUCAUCGGCAGCGCCAUCGCCAUUAAGAUCAUCAGCGGCGGCUGGAUCCCCCUCUGGGCCGGCGUUGUCAUCACCGCGUUCGAUUGCUUCAUCUUUCUCUUCCUUGAGAACUAUGGUGUAAGGAAGCUAGAAGCAUUUUUUGGUAUUCUCAUCGCAACAAUGGGUAUAUCCUUCGCUAUAAUGUUUGGUGAAACCCAACCCAGUGCAAAGGAGCUUCUGCUUGGUAUUAUUGUCCCGAAACUGCAUACAAAAACAAUUAGGCAAGCAGUGGGAGUUGUGGGUUGUGUAAUCAUGCCUCACAAUGUCUUCUUGCAUUCUGCUCUCGUACAAUCAAGAAAGAUCAACACUGGCAAGAAAACUCGCGUUCGAGAAGCGAUAAGUUACUUUUCCAUAGAAUCUACUUUAGCCCUUGCCGUUUCCUUCAUAAUUAAUGUAUUCGUCACGACGGUUUUUGCAAAGGGAUUUUACGGUUCACAAGAAGCUGGCAAUAUAGGCCUUGAGAAUGCCGGCCAAUUUCUUCAAAAGAAAUAUGGGGCCCGACUGUUUCCAAUUCUCUAUAUUUGGGGUAUUGGGCUGUUAGCAUCUGGGCAGAGUAGCACUAUAACUGGAACUUAUGCUGGGCAAUUUAUAAUGGGAGGGUUUCUUAAUCUUCGUUUGAGGAAGUGGGUCAGGGCGAUGAUUACUCGAAGCUGCGCAAUUGUGCCGACUAUUAUCGUGGCUUUAUUUUUUGAUACUGAAAAUGCUGGAAUGGAUGCCCUGAAUGAGUCGCUUAAUGUUCUUCAGUCUGUUCAGAUACCAUUUGUCCUAAUCCCCCUUAUCACCUUGGUGUCAAAGGAACAGGUUAUGGGAAGUUUCAAGAUUGGUCCUACAGCCAAAGUGGUAAGCUGGGUGGUGGUGGUCUUUCUAAUAGCCAUCAAUGGCUAUCUUUUGGUCACUUUCUUUGCUGCCGAGGUCCACGGACCGUUGUUCGGCUCCACAUUAUGCAUGGCCUUAGCAGUAUACGUCGCCUUCGUCAUUUAUCUCGUCGUGCGAGAAACCACUUUUUAUAAUCGGCUUAUCUCUGCAGUCUCCAGGAGCUCGUAAGCACUUCAGAGUUCUGCAUUGCAUUUUAAGCGUCGAAAGUGCCAGCCUCCAUAUCACUUUUCGGAUUCCGGGUUUCCGAUGGUGCUUUUGUGGCAGAGAUUAGCACUUCUUCUUUUGAGCAGCACCAGAGCAGCUUGGCUUUAAAGCACUUUUGAAUUUUAGGAUUGUUUGGUUCGACGUAAUUAUAAAUACAGAUAAGUUAAAGAUGAGUUAAAAAUUUAACAAUUAUAAAUACGUGUAUCUUGUUCGAUUCGAUAGAGUAGAAAGCGCUAUAGUCAUAAAUAUUUUAUUUGGUUGCAUCCGGUUGAGAAGUGUAUUUACGAAUUUCUACUAUUUUAUGUAUGUGCUGAUGAGUUGACCCUUUACAUAGGAAAGAU